UAGCAAUAAUUGCAAAGUUAAUUGUUUUGAAUUAGGAUGAAGAUGAAUAAUCUCGCGUAAAUUGCUCUUCUGGAAUCCAUUUUCUCGACGGUGGGUGGAGGACAAUCCGAGAAAGGAAAGGCCAAUCCACACUGCGUUCAAUCUAAACGGGCGAUAAAGAAGGAAAACAAAGCGGGGAUAAAGGAAAACGGAAUCAGCAAAAAAGCAAAACAUCUAAUGGCGGAAAUCAAGAUGAAGGGAGAAGCCUUGCAACGAGACAAAGAAAGCAGAAAGAGAGAGACAAGAAUAAACCAUUAUAAAAGAAAACAAAGGAACCAGCUUAGAGGGUUAGUCCGCCAUUACACUGCAUCUGCAUCUCUCUCUCUCUCUCUCUCUGGGCAGGAGGAGGGAGAGUUGCGCCAGCGGAGCCAAAAAGGCGCCGCCUUUAUGCUGCCGGCGCUGCUUCUUGCCGCCGCCGCGGCAGUCCUGCUGUCGCCGGCGGCGGAUGCGUCUGUCGCGUAUGAUCACAAGGCCCUCGUCAUCGAGGGGCGGCGGCGGAUUCUGAUUUCCGGCUCCAUUCACUACCCCAGAAGCACUCCCGAGAUGUGGCCGGAUCUCAUCCAGAAGGCAAAAGAUGGCGGCUUGGACGUGAUUCAGACCUACGUUUUCUGGAAUGGCCAUGAGCCUUCUCCAGGCGAGUAUCAUUUCGAUGGAAGGUAUGAUUUGGUUCACUUCAUCAAGCUGGUGCAGCAAGCCGGCCUCUAUGUUCAUCUCCGCAUUGGCCCUUAUGUUUGUGCCGAGUGGAAUUUCGGAGGCUUCCCUAUUUGGCUCAAAUAUGUUCCCGGCAUAGCUUUCAGAACUGACAAUGAGCCUUUCAAGGUAGCAAUGCAAGCAUUCACUGAAAAAAUAGUGAGCAUGAUGAAGUCUGAAGGGUUGUAUGAAUGGCAGGGUGGCCCUAUAAUCCUUUCUCAGAUCGAGAAUGAAUUUGGGCCACUGGAGUAUGAUCAGGGAGACGCCGCAAAGGCAUACGCCGCCUGGGCUGCAAACAUGGCGGUUGAACUCGACACUGGAGUCCCAUGGGUUAUGUGCAAACAAGAUGAUGCCCCAGAUCCAGUUAUCAAUACCUGCAACGGGUUCUACUGCGACAACUUCUCACCAAACCGGCCUUACAAACCCAACAUGUGGACUGAAGCUUGGACCGCCUGGUUCACUGGGUUUGGUGGUCCAGUUCCUCACCGGCCUGUAGAGGACCUGGCUUUUGCCGUUGCAAGAUUCAUACAAAAAGGCGGUUCUUUUGUUAACUAUUAUAUGUACCAUGGAGGAACUAACUUUGGUCGUACGGCCGGAGGACCAUUCAUUGCGACUAGCUAUGAUUAUGAUGCACCAAUUGAUGAGUACGGUUUAUUAAGACAACCAAAAUGGGGCCACUUAAAGGAUCUCCACAAAGCUAUUAAGUUGUGCGAAUCAGCUUUGGCUUCAGGUGAUCCUGUGGUUACAUCACUUGGAAGCUAUCAAGAGUCACAUGUCUUUAAGUCAAACUCGGGAGAUUGUGCUGCUUUCCUUGCAAACUAUAACAGUUCUUCAUAUGCCAAAGUAUCCUUCAACGGGAUGCACUAUGAUCUUCCCCCUUGGUCUAUAAGUAUUCUUCCUGAUUGCAAGACGACAGUUCACAACACUGCAAGGGUUGGAGUCCAAACAUCUCUGAUUAAUAUGGAUCCGGUCGGAGGAUUCUCAUGGGCAUCAUUCAAUGAAGAGCCAAAUUCCAUCGAUGAACAAACAUUUACGACAGACGGUCUGUUGGAGCAGGUAAACAUCACGAGAGAUGCUACGGAUUACCUUUGGUAUACAACAUACGUGAGUGUAGAUCAGGAUGAACACUUCCUUGAGUCCGACUCGUAUCCAGUCCUCACUGUAAUGUCAGCUGGUCAUUCUUUGCAUGUGUUCAUCAAUGGACAGCUGACAGGCACUGAAUAUGGCAGUCUGAACAACCCAAAACUGACCUACAAGGGGAAUGUGAAGCUGCGGGUUGGCAUCAACACAAUUUCGAUAUUAAGUGUCUCCGUUGGGCUCCCGAAUGUUGGUGAACAUUUCGAAACAUGGAAUGCCGGUGUCCUUGGCCCAGUGACACUAAAUGGUCUCGAUGAGGGAAGAAGAGACCUUACAUGGCAGAAAUGGUCUUAUCAAAUUGGCCUGAGAGGCGAAACUUUGAACCUUCACACACUCACUGGAACCCCGUCUGUCGAAUGGCAAGAAGCAUCUAAGAACCAGCCCUUGACAUGGUACAAGGCUUUCUUCAAUGCACCGGAUGGAAGCGAACCUUUGGCCCUAGACAUGAGUACCAUGGGGAAAGGACAAGUAUGGAUCAAUGGACAGAGCAUCGGUAGGUAUUGGCCCGGUUACAAAGCAUUGGGAACUUGCGGUAAUUGUGAUUAUCGCGGAACGUACAAUGAGAAAAAGUGCCAAACUAACUGUGGGGAGUCCUCUCAAAAAUGGUACCAUGUUCCUCGAUCGUGGCUGAAUCCUACCGGAAAUCUCAUAGUGGUGUUUGAAGAGUGGGGAGGUGACCCUGCUGGGAUUACAAUGCUUAAGAGGAGUGUGAGCAGUGUUUGUGCCAAUGUAUCUGAAUGGCAGCCAUCAAUGAGCAAUUGGCACACUAGAGAUUAUGGGAAACCAAAAGUCCGCCUGUUUUGCAAUCCUGAUCAAAGAAUAAGUGCGAUAAAAUUCGCUAGCUUUGGUACUCCACAAGGAGUUUGUGGAAGCUUCUCAGAAGGGAGUUGCCAUGCCCACAAAUCAUAUGAUGCUUUUGAGAAGGUAAAACUUCGCUCCUCGUCACUACUGAUUGAUUCUUGUUGUAUUAAACAUUUGGGGUACUAUCUGCUCAACUCAUUGCAGAACUGUCUCGGCGAGCAACGCUGCUCUGUGACAGUGUCGCCUGAUGUUUUUGGCGGCGAUCCGUGCCCUGGAAUAAUGAAGAGUGUUGCUGUUGAGGUCAGCUGUGAAUAGCACAGCUGAAACAAAGCAUUCAAGCCAUUCAAGAUGCUGCAAAUCCAGAUGCUUGCUCGAAGUUUCACUACACACAAAACACGGUCGGAAGGAGAACAUUUAUCGGUUUGACAUUCGGGAAUUCGCACGAUGAGCAAAUGUGAGUUGUGCUCGUAGUCGAGUCCAUUGCGUGUGUCUGAUGAUUGUUUUCGGAAUUAGAGAGAACUAGCCAUUGAUUUACAGACUGAAUGCAUUGAAUUCUUUAUUGCCAUUGUAAUUUAUAACAACAAGAAGCAGAUCGUUAUGCAAUCUCUGAAACUUCUAUAUAUCGAGAAGAACACGUUUUUUUUCCAUAAA